GGCUCUCUUUCUAAACACCCCUUCCCUCCCACUCUCUCUUUCUCUCUCUCUUCCUUUCUCUCUCUCUCUCUCUCCCUCUCUCUUCCUUUCUCACUCUGUCUCUCUCUUUCUGUCUCUCUCUUUCUGUCUCUCUCUUUCUUUCUCUCUCUCUUCCAUUCUCUCUCUCUCUCUUUCUCUCUCUCUUCCUUUCUCACUCUGUAUCUCUCUUUCUGUCUCUCUCUCUCUUCCUUUCUCUCUCUCUCUGUCUCUCUCUUCCUUUCUCUCUCUCUCUGUCUCUCUCUCUCUCUUCCUUUCUCACUCUGUCUCUCUCUCUCUCUCUCUUCCUUUCUCACUCUGUCUCUCUUUCUCUCUCUCUUCCUUUCUCACUCUGUCUCUCUCUUUCUGUCUCUCUCUCUUCCUUUCUCACUCUGUCUCUCUCUUUCUGUCUCUCUCUCUCUCUUCCAUUCUCACUCUCUCUCUCUCUUUCUGUCUCUCUCUUCCUUUCUCACUCUGUCUCUCUCUUUCUGUCUCUCUUCCUUUCUCUCUCUCUCUGUCUCUCUCUUUCUGUCUCUCUUCCUUUCUCUCUCUCUCUGUCUCUCUCUUUCUGUCUCUCUCUUUCUCUCUCUUCCAUUCUCACUCUGUCUCUCUCUUUCUAUCUCUCUCUGUCUCUCUCUUUCUCUCUCUCUUCCUUUCUCACUCUGUCUCUCUUUUUCUGUCUGUCUCUUCCUUUCUCACUCUGUCUCUCUCUUUCUGUCUCUCUCUCUCUUCCAUUCUCACUCUGUCUCUCUCUUUCUCUCUCUCUCUUUCUCUCUCUCUUCCUUUCUCUCUCUCUCUCUGGCUGACCUGAGCCUGGUUGGUUGGGUCAGUGUUGCGAGCCUUGCCCAACCCAUCCCGUCAUUAAAAGAGAGCUUCCUGUGCAGAAAAAUCUAACCAGCGGGAAGACGUCAAGAUGGAAAGCCGAAAGACUCCCGUGGCAAGCCCGCAGAAGCUUUCCUUGAUGUCCUCCCCCAUGCGAGCCGUGGUUCGUCUUCGGAGGACAGCUCACGCGUUUAAAAAAGGUUACUUGUCUGGAGACAAACUCCUCCAGAGACAGUUUUCCUUGGGGAAAGGCAAACUCACCGGUGUCGCCAAUCAAGCAUCUUUGAACAGUUCCCAGUAUUUCACUUUCGACCCUGCUGGCCCGUUCCAUGUGACCAAGCCCAAACGGCGUAAGAAGAAAUCGAGGAACCCUCGAGUGCUGUACCCGGAAAGCUCGAAGAAAUACCUGCCCGCCGAGCACAAAAGCAAAGCCACCAGAUUCCUCCUCUUGUUCGUGGCCAUCAUUUGCUUCCAGAUCCUCAACGCCAUCGAGAACUUGGAUGAUAACCUCAUGAAGUACGACCUGGAUGGGUUGGAGAAGACCAUGGCUCGGGAGGUUUUUGGGCAGCCUUUGGUCAUCGAAAGGGUCAUGGGGUUGCUGAAAGAUUACCUGGCCACCCACGUCCACAACAAACCUUUGGUCCUCUCCUUCAACGGUCCGAGUGGAGUCGGGAAGAGCCACAUCGGUUGGCUUCUCGCCAAGCACUUCCGGUCCGUGAUGGGACCCCAUUCGGUGCUUCAUUAUUUCACAAUGCAUCACUGCCCUGUCGGAACCUCUGUCUCCACCUGCCAGUUGGAGUUAUCGGAGACCAUCGGAGACAUGGUGGCUCGAGCCGAAAUGGAAGAAAUCAUCCCCGUGUUUAUUCUGGAUGAGGUGGAAUUCAUGCCCGAAACUCUGUUGGAGACCCUGGGUGGGUUUUUCCAGAAGAACCAAACCAACGAAUACCUCAACGCCGUCUACGUUCUCAUCAGCAACUUGGGAGGCGAGGAGAUCGUCCACCGCUUCCUCCAGAACGUCUCCGAUGACUCGUUGCAGCCUCAGGAGAAGCUGGACGAGCUUCAGUCCGCUCUUCGGCCCAUCCUGAGCCACGUCCACUCUUUCUGGACAGGGGUGGAGAUCGUCCCUUUCGGGUUGUUGGAGAAAACUCACAUCUUGAGCUGCUUCUACGAGGAGAUGAUGAGCGAAGGGAUUUACCCGAACGCGAGUCACAUCGAACGCUUGGCCGGCCAGCUCAGCUAUUACAAAAAGGCAGGGAAGGAAUUUGGAAGGACUGGGUGUAAACAGGUGGUAGCCAAAGUCAACCUCCUAUAAGGGUUAGAUUACAGGCAGUCCUUGACUUAUAACAGUCCGUUUAGUGACCGUUCGAGGUUAGAACGGCACUGAAGAAAGUGACUUGUGACCAUCGGUCACACAACAGUUGUGACAAAAUUCAAAAUUCAGACACUCGGCAACUGACUCGGAUUUAUGACGGAUGCAGCGCCCCAGGGUCGUUUUAUCCCCUUUUGCGACCUUCUGACAAGCCAAGUCAAUGGGGGAAGCCAGAGUCACUUAACUUAACAGCUGCAAUGAUUCACUUACCAACUGUGGCAAGAGCGGUCGUAAAACAGGGCAAAGCUCAGUCAAGUGUCUCUUAGGAAUUUGGGGCUCAGUUGGUCAUAAGUCAAGGACUACCUGUACAAGUCCAAAUCGUGAGACCUCUUGGCCUCCGUCGUACAAUUUUACCAGGAAUCCACAUCUGGAAUUCUCCCAUAUUUUCCUUUAAUUAAAGCGACACACUUUAUUUGUGGGGAGUUAAGUUAUGGGUACGGUGGCAGGGAUCUGGGGCAAAAUCCCAUAGUUCGCAGGUAGUCCUCGACUUAUAGCCUCAAUCGGGAUCGGAACUUCCAUUGCUAAGCGAUGCGGUCGUUAAGUGAGUUACACCCGAUUUUAGGACCUUUUCGCCACAGUUUUUAAGCAGACCACGCGGUUGCUAGGCAAAUCCAGAUCCUCUCCUUGAUUCUGCUGGUCGGAGGCUCCCUGGGAAAAUCAUGGGUGAUCACAUGACUCGCCCAUGGCCAAUCACCUGACCCCGGGAGGCUGUGUUGCUAAGCGCUGAUAUUUCGAUCACGUGACUGCAAGGGAUGCUGCAAUGGUUACAAGUACGAGGACUCAUCCAUCACUUUUUUAUUUCCCCACCUUUCCCCGUCGUAACUCGGAAUGGUGGCUAAAUGAAGGAUUGUAAGUUGAGGGCUAGCUGUACUUUUCGGGAAAAGGGGCGUGGCUGAAGAUGGGCGUGGCUGAGUGGGCGUGGCUAAAUCAGAAUGGGUGGGGCUUCCAGAGCGCUGGGGAACAAAUCGGUCCUUCCCUCUCUCUCCUCUCGUUCGAACGCUGUCGUUGCUGCAAAACGGCAUUGUCGAGAGACACAAUAAAUAGAACGUGAUACAUGU